ACAGACCUCAGCAGCUGGAUUGCCUUAGGCUGCACUUCUCCCAUGGCUCCUGCAGACUUCCCAGCCUCCCUUCCUCUCUGUGUGUGCCUGCUGCUGGCCUCUGGCUUCACCCAAGCAGGCAGGUUGCUGGUGGUGCCCAUGGAUGGGAGCCAUUGGUUCACCAUGCAGAUGGUUUUGGAGAAACUCAUUCACAAUGGCCAUGAGGUGGUUUUAGUCAUCCCAGAGGUGAGUUGGCAGCUGGGGAAAUCACUGAAUUGUACAGUGAAGACAUACUCAAUUUCUCACACUCUGGAGGAUCUGGACCGUGAGUUCAAGUAUUUUUCUUACACUCAAUGGAAAACUCCAGAACAAAGUAUGCGUUCUCUCCUGACAGGCUCAGCCAAAGGUUUCUUCGAAUUACUGUUUUCACACUGUAGGAGUUUGUUCAAGGACAAGAAGUUAGUGGAGUACUUGGAGCAGACUUCUUUUGAUGCUGUGUUUCUGGAUCCUUUCCAUGUGUGUGGCUUAACUGUUGCCAGAUAUUUGUCACUCCCAUCAGUGGUCUUUGCACGAGGUAUAUUUUGCCACUACCUUGAAGAGGGUGCCCAGUGCCCAAGUCUUCCUUCUUAUGUUCCUAGACUUUUAUCAAAAUAUACAGACACCAUGACUUUUCAGGAGAGAGUAUGGAACCAUCUCUCCUACCUUGAAGAAAGUGCAGUUUGCCCCUAUUUUUUCAAAACUGCUGAAGAAAUUGCCUCUGAAGUUCUGCAGACCCCAGUGACUAUGACAGACCUCUUCAGCCCAGUGUCCAUUUGGUUGUUACGCACUGACUUUGUGUUGGAGUUCCCCAGACCUGUGAUGCCCAACAUGAUCUUUGUUGGCGGGAUCAACUGCUUCCAUGGGAAGCCACUUUCCAAGUUACAUUAUUACUCUGUCGAAGACUUCAAGUACUAUAUUGGAUGGGUGUUGAAAUCUUUAUGA